CGUUAUUGGCGGUACAAAGUAAAGUUGCAGUUUUUACAUUUACAGAAAUUCGUUUUUGUUUCCGCUAUACUGAACGCGCUUCAAACAAGAAGACUAACAGAGAUGCCUUACAUAUAAAGGCAACAAUAAUCUAUUUUAUUCAUCCAUAGAAUUCGCGCAUCGAAAAUACGUCAUACAUAUUAAGAAUAUCGCAUAAGAAAUUUGAACGUAAUAAAAUUAAAUUGAUUAAAUUUGAUUACAUAAAAAAGAAACUUGAAUUAUGUUCCAUGGAAAUCAACAAAAUCAGGAAGAAAAAUAUGGUCAACUUGCUCGUAAAUUAUUAAAAAUAGCCACAAUAUCUGGUAGUAAAGUCGUGCUUCGUCGUGGAGAUCAAUCGUCGGAUGUAUCUACCGAAUUCGUACAUGAAUUUGGUACUACAGAUAAAGCAAUUGGGGAUGUUACGGCUGAAGUGAUGUUAACAACAUUGGGUAAAGUUCCAAGUGAAAUGUAUUAUUUGGAAGAUACAGUUUUCAAUGGAAAAGCAGCAACAGAUAAAAGUACUUUGCAAACAUCUCAAUAUGCACAGGCUGUUGCAUCAACACAAGCAAUGGAAAAUAAUCAUGGGUCCUCGGGUCAUUCAUCAGUGUUAUUUAUUUUAUUAAUUGUACUUUUGGUAAUACUGUUAUUAUGCUGCAUAAGCGCAGGUUUAAUAGCUAAGACAAGAAGAAAAAGCAGUUUCUUUGGGAAAUCUGAUAUGGAGUGUGAUUCAAAAUGUACCGGGAUAAAUCAACCUCUGUUAGAUAAAAAUUCAGAUCUCACAAAUAAAACGAGUAUUAGCUGUCUGAGAAAUUAAAAAGAAGGAACGUGGUAUGAGCCUGUAUAAACAUAACAUUUCUUUGGUGAACAAGGUAUAUGAAGCAGCAUAAUAAAAUUUAGAGUAUACUUCAAAGUAUAAAACUUAUUGGGCAAAAUAGGAUUUACAAAAAAUGUUAAAUACGCCAUAACGUUCGAUCAAAUGUAAAAUAUAAUACGCAAUACGGCUAUAAAUAUGUCCAAAACGGUCACAUGUAACGAGAAAGGACAAGAAAUGUGACUUAACCUAAAAAGAAGUCAACUCACCCGGUUUUACCGGUGUCGCCGUCGUAGAAGCCGUUGCACCGAAGCUAAAAGCAGGAGCGGGCGUCGAAGUUGUCACUCCGAACCCCGAGCCAAAUGACAUUUCUCAAAUUAAACUAAAUUUGACGUAUGAUAGAAACACGUUUUUACCGCGCGCGCUUUACAAUUUCGUAUAAACGACAAUGCCACAAACAUGGCGUCUGACAUGCGCAGGAAACGUAAGUUCUCUCUCACGCGCAGGACGUUCGUCACGUGGCAUUCUUUCCGCUUAUCUUCAAACUAUUUCAAACAGCUGUAAUAAACGCAACUAUUUUACCGUUAAA